UUUAGAUCAAUAAUUUACGGAAAAAACGCCAUAGAAGUCCCAUUACAAAGCAUAUUUAAACUAUUCAUCCUCGAAGCUUUAACCCCCUUCUACAUAUUCCAAGUAUUCAGUUUGAUCGUGUGGUUCGCCGAGCAAUACUAUUAUUACACAAUCGCCAUCAUUUUAAUGUCAAUGUACGGCAUCUCAUCGUCGAUCAUCCAAACGCGAAAGAACCAGCACAAUCUGCGAGGAACCGUCGACAAAACGGAUCACGUCGAAAUUUUAUUAAAUAAUUUAAUCGUUAAAAUCGACUCGAUCGAUUUAGUUCCCGGCGAUAUCCUCGUGAUUCCCAAAAACGGGUGCACAUUGCAUUGCGAUGCCGUCUUAUUAAACGGAAAUUGCGUCGUUAACGAAUCGACUUUAACCGGGGAAUCCGUUCCCGUUUUAAAAACCAGGAUCGAGGACUCAAAUAAUCUUUAUAACGAAAAGGAGGAUUGUAAUCAUACUUUGUAUUCGGGGACGAGUAUCAUCCAAGCUGUGAUUAAUACUAAUUUAGAUGGAAAUGAUGAUGUUGUGAAAGCGGUUGUGAUAAGAACGGGGUUUUUAACGUCUAAGGGGGAAUUGGUUAAAAGCAUUUUGUACCCCCCUCCGGUUGAUUUUAAAUUUGAAAGGGAUAGUUAUAAGUAUAUCGGGAUUUUGGCGAUAAUCGCCGUUUUGGGGUUCGUUUAUACGAUCGUUUCGAAAAGCUCGCGGAAUUUAGCCGCGUGGGACACCAUCAUAAAAGCUUUGGAUAUUAUCACCAUUACGAUUCCGCCAGCUUUACCCGCAGCUUUAACGAUAGGGAAGCUUUACGCGUUGAAUCGAUUGAAAGCGAAAAACAUUUUUUGUAUGAAUUCGAGGGUCAUCAACAUUUCCGGAGCGAUUAAUUGCGUUUGUUUCGAUAAGACAGGGACUUUAACUGAGGAUGGUUUAGAUUUAUUCGGGGUAAUCCCCAAAGACAAUAUCCAAAAAAACGUGGUGAAUAACCCAAAAUCGCUUCAUCACGACUCCGAUUUAUUAAAAGCGAUGGGAUGUUGCCACUCUUUAACGAUAAUCGAUGAGAAACUUUCCGGGGAUCCCCUCGACAUAAAAAUGUUCGAAUCGACCAAUUUCAAAUUAACCCAAUCCAAUUUAAUAAUUAACGAAAAAUCAAACUUAAAAAACAUCCACCAAAACCAAUUCUCCUCAAACUUACAAAGAAUGAGCGUCAUCACUCAAGACAUCUCAACAAAAUUAGAAACCGUUUAUUGUAAAGGUUCCCCCGAGAUGAUUUUAACCCUUUCGAAUCAAAAAUCGAUCCCGGAGAUGACCCAAAACGUUUUAAAAGAAUACACGGAGAAAGGAUACCGAGUUUUGGGGGUUGGAAUGAAACACUUAAACGGGGAAAAGGAGAAAUUUGCGCGAAAUUUCGUUGAAUCUCAAUUAGAUUUUAUUGGAUUGUUGAUAUUCGAGAAUAAGUUAAAACCGGAAAGUGCGAAAAUGAUUGGGAUCUUAAAAGAUGCUGAUGUUAAGGUGGUUAUGAUUACCGGAGAUAAUGUUGAAACCGCGAUUAGUGUUGCUAAAGAAUGCGGGAUUAUUGCGAAAAAUUCGAAAGUUGCGAAUGUUGAGGUUAGAAAUGUCGAAAAAGAUGUUGAGUUAAAUUUGCAUUUUCAAGAAAAUCAUAGCAAAGAUAUCGAUUUACCCGUUAAUUUAACGAUAACGGGGCAAAAUUGGGAAUGUUUAAAACGAUACUUUCCCAGUCAAGUUCAAAAAGUUGCGCUUCAAGGAACGGUUUUUGCUCGGAUGAGUAGCGAUCAAAAACAACAGUUAGUUUUGGAAUUACAAAAUUUGGGGUACUUUGUUGGUAAGAAUUAA